AUGGCAACCGAUUUGAGCGAUGAAAUCACCUCCUCCAACUCCUUCUUUUCGCAACCGUUCAUGGUGGAAAUCAUCAAGCUCCUCGCCGGGGUGAUUUUCUGGGAGAUACAAUUCGUUCUCUCCAAAUUCUUCUUGAACGUCUUACCGGAUAAUUCAGAGAAGGAAAAGUUAUUCAAGAGAACGGCGCCUUCGUAUUGCGUGAGCACGGUGCACGCCACUUUUCUCACCUGGGGAGGGGUGAAAAUAAUCUGCGCGUUGUACAACGCGCCGCAGAACGAACAAGUGAUUUUGUACGAGUCAACGGAUGGAAGCUUCGUGGCGUUUUGUGAAUUCAUUUCUGUGGCGUUUUUGUCGUACAUGAUCCAGGAUUUCUUUCACGUGGUGCACCUCUUUCCAGAGUUGGGGGGCAUCGAUAUGGUCGUUCACCACGUGUUGUUUUUCGUGGCUGGAUUUUCGGCGUAUAUUUACGGAGGAUAUCCGUUGAUGUUGGGAUACUUGACGAUUUGUGAAGCGUCGACGCCAUUUUUGAACAUGAGAUGGUUCAUCAAGUCGUGUAAGGAGAUGGAAUACACGCUUCCGAUUGUGGAUUAUAUCGCCCAAAAAGUUGGGAUGAAGUACAGAGGUUUACCCGCCGGAAAUAGAUUAGAAUACCACAUUUCCUCCGUUUUUAGCUACGUUUUUAUUUUUGUGCGGGUGAUCAUGUUUGGACACGGAAUCUUGCUUUUACUUCCUCGGUUUGGGAAGGGAGAGGAUAAAAUUAUACCUAGCUUUGUGAGAGGAAUCUUGCUUGUUUUGAUUUUCGGCGGAUUCCUGUUGAACUUAGUUUGGGUAGUAAAAAUGAGAGGAAUGCUGAAGUAUUAUCGAUCAAAAUGGUUCGAUAAACCGGAAGAUAAUCAGCAAAAUCGAAUUGAUUGA